GCGCGCCUCCUCACCGGUACCCGGUGCCCUGUCUGCGCGGCCGCAGAGCCGCACACCCCUGCCAGGACCGCCCGCGUGUCCCAUAAGCUCUUGCGCGCGGGGCGCCUCCCUCUCUCGGCCGGGCCCGCCGUGGACGCGCCAUCGGCACCGGCACCAUGCCUGCCCUCAGGCCUCUCGUGAAGCCCAAGAUCGUCAAGAAGAGGACCAAGAAAUUCAUCCGGCACCAGUCCGACCGCUAUGUCAAGAUCAAGCGCAACUGGCGCAAACCCAGAGGCAUCGACAACAGAGUGCGCCGGCGCUUCAAGGGGCAGAUCCUGAUGCCUAACAUCGGCUAUGGCAGCAAUAAGAAGACAAAACACAUGCUGCCCACGGGCUUCAGAAAGUUCCUGGUCCACAAUGUGAAAGAGCUGGAAGUGCUGAUGAUGAGUAACAAGUCGUACUGUGCAGAGAUCGCCCACAACGUGUCCUCCAAGAACAGGAAGGUGAUCGUGGAGAGAGCGGCGCAGCUCGCCAUCAAGAUCACCAACCCCAACGCCAGACUGCGCAGCGAGGAGAACGAGUAGCAGCCUCUGCAGCACAGGUGUAUUUAAUAAAGCCUCAGUCCAA